UGUAACGUUUAUAACCAGGAGAGGAGAUCCACUCUGGACCAGGAGGAGUUAGAACCUCUGCAGGUGAAACAAGAACAGGAAGAGCCAGAAGAUCAUCAGAUAAAAGAAGAACAGGAGGAUCUAGAACACCUGCAGAUAAAAGUGGAAGAGAAAGAAGUUUACUGCAGUCAGGGUGAAGAACAGAUUGCAUUAAAACAGGAGACUGAUACCUGCAUGGUGGUUCCUGUUGAUCAGCAAACAUACCAAACUGAAUCAGAACCAAACAGGAACCAAGACAUGUUAGAAAAGCCUGAUGAAACUGAGAACCAACAUCAGGACAAAAGAAAACCUUUAUCAGGUGCCAUCUGUAAAAAACAAUUGACUGCCAAAUAUGCUGUCAGUGAUCAUAUCAGAAUUCAUGAGUGUGAAAAACCGUUUUCAUGUGUGAACUGUGGAAAAAGUUUUUGUCGAAAACAGCAUUUAACUCAACACAUGAGGAUUCACACUGGUGAAAAACCGUUUUCAUGUGUGAACUGUGGAAAAAGUUUUAGUCAAAAACAGCAUUUAACUCAGCACAUGAUGAUUCACACUGGUGAAAAGCCGUUUUCAUGUGUGAACUGUGGAAAAAGUUUUAGUGAAAAACGGGCAUUAACUCAGCACAUGAGGAUUCACACUGGUGAAAAGCCGUUUUCAUGUGUGAACUGUGGAAAAAGUUUUUGUCGCAAACAGCAUUUAACUCAGCACAUGAGGAUUCACACUGGUGAAAAGCCGUUUUCAUGUGGGAAUUGUGGAAAAAGUUUUAGUCAAAAACAGGAUUUAACUCAGCACAUGAUGAUUCACACUGGUGAAAAGCCGUUUUCAUGUGUGAACUGUGGAAAAAGUUUUAGUCAAAAACAGGAUUUAACUCAGCACAUGAUGAUUCACACUGGUGAAAAGCCGUUUUCAUGUGUGAACUGUGGAAAACGUUUUAGUCAAAAACAGCAUUUAACUCGGCACAUGAUGAUUCACACUGGUGAAAAGCCGUUUUCAUGUGGGAACUGUGGAAAAAGUUUUCGUCAAAAACAGGAUUUAACUCGGCACAUGAGGAUUCACACUGGUGAAAAGUCUUAAAAGUUCACUAUAAAUGUCAUUGUAAUAAAAAUGUGUUAUUUACUGGAGGGUUUGCAUCUAUAAAGUGGUGGAAUUUUUUUAAUUAAGUUGUUAAAUGUGAUAUUUAUUUGCACCAAGGAUGUGUGUUUGUAGCAGUAGGAAGCAGGCCGAUUUGAGAAGCAAAAUGCCUGAAGCCGCAGCUACACUGAUAGCUUGACUAGACGAAAAAUGCCAGUCAAAAAGAAAAUGUUAUCACCUUAGCAGGAGAAUGGAUCAAAGACUAGAAGUCCUGAGAAACUCUUGUUUUGUAGCCCAGAGAAACAAGAAACAAGAGAAAAGUUUUUAUAACCUCAAGAAAUUGACAGACAGGAUCUUCAAGAGCUACGAAAAUGUGCUUGGAAGACAACAGCUGCAUGGAUGCAGGAUGACAACAUUGUUUGAGCAGAGACUUGUGACUGAAAUCUGGUCUCCUUCUAUGCAAAUGAUUUGUAAGCAACGCCUCAAUGUAAUAAAUAUUGAGUUGUAUGAGAGCACGUUAGAACUGGCCUGGAGACGGAGAUAGCAGACGUCCUGAAGCUGGCUCUCCAUUCAAUUCUAUUGCAUUUAAAACUUCAACUGUAUCUCUUUCAUCAUAUUGUGAAAUGUUUGAUAAAUGUUUUCUGUUCAGAUCCAACAGUUUCCUUGAGAGAUUUUCUUACUGUCGUUUUGUAAUUGUUUUGCUUACAAAUAUAUU